CUAAAUUCAUUCCUCACCGAGCACAAUCGUUCUAUUAUACUAGAAUGGCGACUGCUGUUUUCGGUCGUCAAUGUACAACAGGCAGUAAUACUGCAAAAUCACACAAAGAACACCUGCGAAAAGGUAAGGAUUCACGACGGAGACAGGCGGCUCUUUUGUUCCUCAACAACAUAUCUUUAGACGGAAGGCCUUUGUAUCAUCUCAGCAAUGGAAACCACGGUCAAAGGGAGGCCGCCGAGCUCCGAAGUCGAGACGCCACCGGGGCACAGGCGACUGGACACCCUCUGUUCUCAUCGAGUAUCUACGGAACCGUCUCCCUUGUGGCACCCUCCUUGGCCGGUGGCGCUGCUCCUACUGUGGCGGGGAUCAGUGGACUGAGCCCAGUCCCUCCUAAUUUGGGCAUGUCUACAGACACGGGCUCAAGUACUGCUGUGCGGUGCAGUGAGGUGUUUUUUGAGGGUGUUGACCCCAUGGCACCACCAGAUACCCCUCUGUCCCCCACCUCUGGACCUCAGACAUUCAAUCCAAGUGCCAAAUCAUCAUUUGUGCCCCAGACUCAGAAUUCCGUUCCGGGGGAUACACAAAGAUCACGGAAUCAUUCGGGCUCUCCAAAACCUGCAAGGGUGGCCAAGAAGGUCCACUUUAUCAAGAAUAUGAGGCAGUACGACACAAGAGGCAGCAGGAUCAUGAUGAUUUGUGCCAAGCGGUCUCUAUGUGCUGCUUUCUCAGUGCUGCCCUAUGGAGAGCGUAUUCACCUCAGUGACCCAAAGUUGGAGGCGCACAAACUACAGCUGUCCUCUGGGGUGGCGUCUGACCUGUUCCCUGGCCUGGAGGGCCUGGGGGUGGAGCUAGGUGCAUAUGGAAAGACGGUAUCGUACGCCCAGUUCCUUUUCCCCACUAAUGCCCUGGUGAGACCGAAGAGCAGUGGAGCACUAGAGCCCAGCACAACACAGACCCCCCUGUCACGUUACCAAUGCAACGGCCAGAAGAACUACACCACCCCGUCUCGACUCAACAGCACUAUAGGACAGGACCUGAAUAUAGAAGACCUGGCAGACUAUGAUCCCUACCUACUCAGUGACCCUCAGUGGCCUUGCGGAAGACACAAGAGAGUUCUUAUAUUCUCAUCAUAUGUGACGACUGUUAUUGAGUAUGUGAAGCCGUCGGACCUGAAGAAAGACAUGAAUGAGACGUUCAAGGAGAAGUUCCCCUAUAUUAAACUGACCCUCAGCAAGAUAAGAAGCCUGAAGUGGGAGAUAUGUGCGGUGGGAGAGGAGUGCAGUUUGCAGCCGGUCACAGUGGCCAUGGCAUUUGUGUACUUUGAGAAACUGGUGCUGCAGGGCCGCCUGAACAAGCAGAAUAGGAAGUUGGUGUCUGCAGCCUGCGUCCUACUGGCAGCCAAGAUCAGCAGUGACCUGAAGAAGCAGGAGGUCCGACAGCUGAUUGACAAGCUGGAGGAGCGUUUUCGUAUAAACCGCCGGGAGUUGAUUCCAUUGGAGUUCCCUGUCCUGGUUGCCUUGGAAAUGGGGCUCUACCUCCCUGACAGCAAGGUCAUGCCGCACUACCGCAGGCUGGUGCAGCAGGGCUAAGCUGGAGCCUGGAGGUGGCCCGGAGAACUGGCCUGUGCCAGUUUUGAGAUUUUAAGUCCUGAUGAUAUUGAUUGGAAAUGCUGUUCCUGAAUCAGCACCUUGAGAGAUGCACCUUCUGCCCUAGAAUCUGUUCAGGUGUAGCAGGCCAGCCUAGCCUACAUGCUCCUUAUAAAAAUAAAUCUAACUGUUUAGGUACUCUAUUUAUUUGAUUGAAUGCAAUCCAAUAUCUUGAUAACUUGAUAUGGAUAAUAUCUUGGUAAUAGAAUGAAGGAUUUUUAAGAAUAUUUUCUGCAAAGCUGUUAGACUUUUUUUUUUUUUUUUUUCUAUGUUUUGAUUCUUGUUGGGUCAGCUUGUUCUCAACUUCUGGGUGGUAUAUGGCAUUCUGAUGUGAAUAUUUUUUUCAUAGAAGGGUUCAAAACCAUGUUUAUUUGUACAAACAGUACACCUUAAAUAUUUUCAAAAAAACUGAGUGAAGGAUGGCAACCCGAUGGGGGUGUCUGAUGACUUUUACUAUUCUCUAGUUUAGCUCUUUUGGUCUUAAAGGCAUUGGUGCUCGGAUGAGUGGCAAUGAUGGGUUACAUGUGAUCAGAUGACAGAUGUAGAUGGUUUUAGUUGUCAGUACACUCAUCUGUUUGUGUCCAUUGUACUGGUUUGGUUGCUUGUGAGGAGGGCUAACGACUGCAGGUGAGAGCACAGGUGGUUGUUAUGGAGGUUAUGCAUGCUGUUUGAUGGCGGUGUGUGGCGACUAAUGAGGGACAGGCUAGGCCAUGGUGAGUUUAAAAAAAAAAUUGUUACAUUCACUUUUUAUUUUUAUGCUUUAUUGAAGAGAUGAUAGUGUUGGAAAGUCGGGGAGGGGGUUAUAUUUGUCCUAUUUCACACAUUGGGCCGGAUUUGAACCCAUCCCUACUCUGGCAUACGUGUGUGCCGGGUCAGCGGCUGUGACCACACAGGCCACCAAAGUAUGAGUUUUUACAUUUGGCCUGCAUCUAUAAGCAGCCAAAAGGCAUCUCCCGAGGGUUGACUUGUUGUUCAAAGUUUAAAAAAAUAUAUAUAUUUUUUUUUUAUCAAUAAACCAGAUUAAGACUUGCAGUGCAUUCAAAACGCAUGACAGCGCUCUGUUAUAGAUGAUGUCACAGAUCACGUUAAAGGUGGUGAUUGUUCCUUCUAAUCCUCUAUACUUUCAUUUCUAGCUGUGGGAAGAAGUCUUAACUUAAACUCUAUUUAAAGGAUGUGUCUGAUAAGUCCGCAUAAUGUGAUGUUGAUGGUUGCCAUGUCAGUUUGAAAUAAUUUAGCCGCCCUGAAGUAAUUCCCCGUCCAAAGGUACAGAAAUUGUAUUUUUUAUGUGUAAAUGGUGCCUGGUAUUGGUAUCUUUGCUCAUUGUAGCUUGUGUUGAUCUUACUACUUAUUCACUCACUUUGAAAAUGACACAUCAGUCAUUGGACUUAAAAGGCCACAAAUGUGAUUGAAAUGACACACUGGCCAGCCCAGAACUCUCAUCCUCACAAACUAUACUGUAGAAGCAUCAGUGUUUCAGUUGUUUUUAUUGUAUCAUUCGUUUAGAGCUUGGCUUGUAUUUAUUACCCUUUUCUUGGGUUGGAGUCUGAACAGUUUUGAUCAUGUCAGUACUGUAGCUAGCAGUCAGUCUAAUUGUGUAGACUUUAAAUCACCACUGUGCAAUCCACUGCCUUUGUUGGCGUUAUCGAUCUUCUAUUACACAAAUGACUUUUCUGCUGUGGAUGGUUUUGUUAAGUUGCAAUCAAACUUCAUAUCAGUACUUGGUUGGUAUUGUAUAUCAACACCCAGGUAUAGGAUUUGCAGUAAGUAUUCUUACCAUAUUGUUCAGUGCUGGAUCAUCCACAAGCCAGUUGUCAUAUUUUUUUUUUUUUAGUUCUCAGGAAAUAUCUUUCAAUUAAAGCUUUAUUUUUCCACUGAUCAUUCUGGGAUCAUGGGAUUUAUCAAACAGAAAAACUCUGGAAUGAGAGCAGGUAGAAACCGGUUGUGUCCUAAAAAGUGGAUUUAUUUACAGUAUUUCUCUUCAUUUGCGUUGUAUUAUGCCACUUGACAAAACAGUAAAGUGCCUAAAACCACCAUGAGUUGAAUGAUGUAUCAGUCCUAUCCAGAUAUUAUUCCCUCUUGUAUUUCACUCUCUUGUUGGUGUUUGACCGUACCUGUGAAUAUCAUAGAAAGUUGGACUCUGCAUAAUGUGAAGCUCAUUGUUCUGUGAGUGACCUUGGAGAAAACGUUUUGUACAGUAAUGUGCAGAUUUCUGCUGUGGUGUGACUGGAUGUCUUUGUUUUGCAAAUGUAUGCUUAAAAAAAUUACCUCUUGUAAUUUGUUUAGAAUGUGAAAUGGUAGAACUUCUGAAAAUGUUGUGCUCAUGAAUGGUGUCAAUUUUGUAAAAGUAUAAUUUUUUUCUUCUUAAAUCAGAAAAUAUAUUUAAACAUUUUCUAACCAUUUAA